CGGAGAAGAAUAGGAAUGAAAGUUGCUUUCGGUGAAAACGAAACGCGCUCGUGAUACGCAUGCGCAGUGACGUGUACGUGUGUGUACAUUCUUGAGCGGAAAAUGAUGGCGAUUAUCCAGACGCUUCAAGAGCCUGCGCUCGCCUAUGGAUGGAUGUGGCCGUGAAAACUAACAACACUCGCGGGGAAAAGUUGUUUGAUCAGGAAAACCGCGGUCCCUCUCAGCCCCUGGACAUUUUCUGACGUGGGGAACGGCGAGUGGAUGAGGGUUGACGCUAUAAUCUGGUGUAAUAUUGAAGUGUGAAACAGCCACGUAGCUUAUCCAGAUCACAUACACUGGCCUAGUACUUUAAAAACCCUCGAUACACAGCUACAUAGCAACCUAUAAAGGAGUGAUCUCAAGUGAAGAGUGGAUAAACCGCGAAACGAGCUGCGGAAGCAAGCAGUGCCUCUUCUAUAGUGUGAAUGAGGGAGUCAUGGCUGACCACACCUCCCCGCUGGAGUCCGGCCAGUUACUCAGUCCAGACAUCCCAAUACUCACCUCUCCGCCGCCUUCUCAGCACCAGCCCAACAUCGUCAAUGGAGACGGACCGCAGCAGGUAAUCUUGGUUCAAGUAAACCCAGGAGAGGCCUUCACAAUCCAGCGAGAUGAUGGUCAGUUUCAGUGUAUCACAGGUCCUGCUCAGGUUCCCAUGAUGUCCCCAAAUGGUUCAGUGCCUCAAAUCUUUGUGCCUCCUGGAUAUGUUCAACAGAUCAUUGAGGAGGAAAGUGGAGUUCGGCGGGUGUUGGUGUUACCUCAGACGGAGUUUCAUCCUGGUGGGCAUUCUCCGCUUCACCAUGCGGCCGCUCCACCUCCUCAUCCCCAUCUGGCGGCCUUUAUGCCACACCCACACAUCAUGCACCAUCCCCCUCACCUGUACUCAGGCAUGGCUGGAGGAACUGGAGACAUCAGCCCUCAGUACAUCUCCCAGUACCACCCAGCACACCCCGCCAUCUACUCGGAGCAGGUUUUCCUGAUUUCGCCUUCUAUCCAGUUUUCAGAGCCUCACCCGGGACACGGACGUGCACCUUUUCCUCACAUGAAUGAAAGGACUAGCAAAACUUACGAGCGCUUGCAGAAGAAACUGAAGGAGCGACAGGGGGUGGGCGGAGGUUUGACGCCGUCCAAAGACAGCCCGCCUCCGUCCCCGCAAAAGAACCGUGGGACACCACCUGGAGGAGGAGAUCUCCAAAAUGGUCUGGCCGGUAAGAGCACAGAAGAGCAAGCGCAGACCAGUGCUGCCGCCACAAGCCUGGGAAGAAGUCCAUCAAGGAGAGGGAAAGAGGCAGAGCCAGCAGAAAUGGAUGAAAAGGCAAAGGCUCUUCAGGAAAGAUUAAACUCCAUCUGCAAGCCAGUGGUGACAGAUAUUCAGGCCAGAGGGGUCAGUCUUAGUUGGGUGGCCCCAUCACAGACAGAAAGCGACGAAGAACCCAAAGAGGCGGAGGAAAGCCCUGUGGAGCCAAGCUUCACGUAUGAAGUCUCAGUCUCAUACAACGGCAAGGACGGGAAGUACAAGGCCGCCUACAGUGGUGCGGAACUAAGUACAUCUUUACAAGACUUACGACCAGCAACAGACUACCAUGUCAGGGUCCAGGCCAUGUGUAACUGUUUACAAGGCGUCCCUUCAGAGCCUGCGAGCUUCACCACCCUGAGCUGUGAGCCCGACAUCCCCAACCCACCACGAAAAGCUAGUGGUACCAAAAGCAGCCUCGUCCUGCAGUGGAAGGCUCCAUGUGAUAACGGUUCCAAAAUCCAAAACUAUACCCUGCAAUGGGAUGAGGGAAAGGGCACAGGUGUUUUUGAACAGUGCUACUACGGCCCACAGAAGCAGUACAGGCUCACCAAACUCUCGCCAGCUUCCAGAUAUUCUUUCCGCCUAGCAGCCAAAAACGACAUGGGGGACAGCGAGUUCAGCGAACCUGUCACCAUCAUGACGUCGUGCAGCGUGCCUGCUCCCCCUCUCAGCCCUGAGUUGGUUCAGCCCGGAGUCACAUGGCUCUGUCUGCGGUGGAACAGACCGACCGGCUCACCCAAAGAAGACGAAAUAAGCUACGUGCUGGAGAUGGAGGAGGAGGGCUCAGGUUAUGGGUUUCAGCCCAGUUAUGAUGGUGAAGAACUCACACACACUGUAAGAAACCUACACAGGAGCACCACAUACAGGUUCAGGGUUAUUGCCUAUAAUGCAGAAGGAAAGAGUAACCCCAGCCUUGUGUCUGAGUUCACCACGGCCCCUGACAGACCGAGCUGCCCCUGCAGGCUCUCAGUGAAGGGAAAACCUCACCCGACAAGCUUCCGCCUGACCUGGGAUCCUCCCAAAGAUACCGGUGGUUCAGAUGUAACAAAAUACAUUGUGGAGCAGUCAGAUGGUUUAAGUGGUUCCUCCUGGAGUCAGGUGUACAGCGGUUUGGCAACGGAGUGUGUUUGUGAUGGUCUGAGCCCAGGAUGCUCAUACCAGGCCAGAGUCCACUGCAUCAGCGCCGGAGGAGAGAGUCCAUUGUCAGAGGUUCUACAGAUCCAAACACCACCUGUUCCCCCUGGCCCCUGUCAGCCACCCAGGGUGAUGGGCAAACCCAAAGCCAGAGAAGUUCAGUUACGCUGGGCACCCCCUCUGGUGGACGGUGGUAGUCCGGUGUCUUCGUACAGCAUGGAAAUGUUUGUUCCUCAGGCAGAUGAGGGCAGGGAGGUGUACCAGGGCUCUGAACUGGACUGUACAGUUGGUAGUUUACUGCCCGGCAGGACCUAUGGAUUUCGGCUCAGAGCCGGCAACAAAGCUGGGUACGGGCCAUUCUCAGAGCGAUCUGAGGUAACUACAGGUCCGGGUGCUCCUGACGUAUGUCGACCCCCUCAUAUCAACUGUAGAUCACCGACGUGUGCUGUCGUCAGCUGGGAGACCCCUCACUGUAACGGAGCGGCCGUAUCGGAGUAUCGGCUGGAGUGGGGGGCUGCAGAGGGCAGUAUGCAAAUCUGUUACACCGGUGCUGCACUAACACAUGAGCUGAGAGGUCUGCUGCCCGCCACCAGUUACUUCUGCAGGGUGCAGGCGCUAAACGUAGCCGGCGUGGGGCCUUUCAGCGACGCUGUGCACUGUCAGACGCCCUGCUCGGUGCCUGCGGUGGUCAGCGGCGUCCACGCCCUCCGGGAGUCAGAGAUGAGAGUGGAGGGCACGGAGAGAGGCGAGGACGACGAGGAUGAAGAUAGCGAAGAGGCCGCCCCGCUCCUCUAUUCUCCAUCCACAUGCCUGGGGCUGCGCUGGGAGUCGCCGUGUAAUCACGGAUCUGAGAUCACGUCGUACCUGAUCGACCUGGGAGAGAAACAGCCCAUCCUUACUGGGCCUGUAACCAAAUAUAUCAUCCAGAACCUGCAGCCCGACACCACCUACAGGAUAAGGAUCCAGGCUCUGAACAGCCUGGGCGCAGGUCCCUUUAGUCACACCUUUAAACUGAAGACCAAGCCACUGCCACCCCUCCCUCCACGUCUGGAGUGCACUGCGAUCAGUCACCAGACCCUCAGGCUCAAGUGGGGCGAUGGCCCGUCCAAGGCCCAGCCCACCGAUUCUAUACAGUACCAUCUCCAAAUGGAGGAUAAACUUGGGAGGUUUAUAUCCUUGUAUAAAGGACCCUGCCACACACACAAAGUGCAGAGGCUAAAUGAGUCUACCUCGUACACGUUCCGCAUGCAGGCCUUUAAUGAGGCGGGCGAGGGUCCCUUCUCAACUGUUUACACCUUCACAACACCCCGCUCACCACCUGCGCCCCUCAAAGCCCCUCGUGUGGAGCGCGUGGACGAUUCGUGUGAAAUAAGCUGGGAGUCACUGCCACCUAUGAAAGGAGACCCGCUCAUCUACUGUCUGCAGUGCAUGCAGGGAAAUUCUGACUUCAGACAGAUCUACAAGGGCUCGGCCACCUCCUUCCAGUUCUCCAACAUGAGUUCGUCGGCGGAGUACCGCUUCCGUGUCUGCGCCAUCCGCCAGUGCCAGGACGCUCCUGAAAUCAUCGGCACCUACAGCUCCACCGUCAUCCUGCUCCCACCUCGCGUGGAAACCCCAGGGACCUCGGCCGCCACCGGGUCCAAAGCCUCAGAGGCCCAGAAGCCAAAACGCAGCCUGUCGGACGAACAGUUUUCUUUAAUAAUCAUCGCCCUGUUGGCCGUGACCUCCAUACUCAUCGCGGUGGCCAUCCAGUACUUUGUCAUCGAAUGAGCCGUCGCACUCUGGGGCCUGCGUAGUCGUCCGAGCGAAUUUUUAUUUUCUGUUGAUUUUUCCGUUUUCAGUUCGUUCCGUGUUCCGGCACCAGCGACGAGUAGCUGCGCGUGAAGGGAAAUAAUGAGAAAAAGAAAUAGUAGAAUUAUCUCAGUUAAUCGCUAUCAUUCUGUUUCUCUCGCUCUCCGCUGUCCCUUUUUUCUCUCAACGCACGCUCUCGAAAAGAACGGCUCUCUCUGUCUCGUUGGGGUCGGAGGCGGUUUAUUGAAGGAUCAGCAGUGAAGCUUAAUGCUCAACUCAUCGUACCACUCACGUUUUUAUUUCUGUAGUCGUAGCCUUUAUUUAUACCUAUAGUUUAUAGUUGUAAACUGUCCAGCCUGAGUUUCGAUCAGCGUUCCAAACUAGCUCGGAGGGCUUGGGACUGAGGGCCAGUGACUACGCUUUCGUGAGGGGGGCGUCUCUCUCAUAAGCACAUGGGAGAAGGCCCCGCCCGGGGUCUCGAGGGACCGAGCAUUCCCUGGGAGAUUAAGUCUUCGAAGUAAGGAAGGGGGCGAGGCGAGACGGAUAGCUGAAAUUAGCAAACGUUGGUUUAGCACUUUCCUCAGAACUUUUUUGAUGUUCAGAAUGUGUAAAGGAUGCAAAAAUAUCUAGAGAAAUGUAGGUAUAUUUUUGUACAGCGUUGAGGACCUGUUCAUUGAGAAACCGGCGUAGUAUGGAGAUUAAGACUAUGAAUACCAAACCUAACAGCUUAAUAGUUAUUUUUACUAUCAUGUACGUAUACUGUAGCUUGUUUUUACAAUCAAGCAGCUGCUUUGCUCCAAAAUAUUGUCGUUCAGCACAAACAAUGUAAGCUUCUCGGAAAACCUUUCCUUCGGUUGUUACCUUUGCACCUUAGUGAGAAGAGAAAAAAAAUAAGCCUACGUAUUGAAUGCGUCUUGAUCUUGUGAUGCGUUUUAUGGAACAUGUUCUCCAGUCGUGCAAGCCCUCGAUGUGUUUUGGCUGUUUUAAAAUUGUAGUGUCACAUUUGUUUUUGAAAUGGUAGAUUCAAACGAAAAAAUUAUUCACCUAGUCGAUUCUUAAUUUCUCUGACUAAUUUUUUCGUUUAUUUUUUAUAGCUUUAGAAAGCAGAUUAUGGCAUUGAGUUAUCAGUUAAUUUUAACGAUACAAUAUUAUUUUUCGAUGUAAUCUCGCGAGUAUUGAGUAUAGGACUAUAUAUAUAUAUAUAAUUUUUUCGUUCGAAGAACACACAUUUAAGCUUUAUUUUUUAUAUUAAAGAAACCUUUAACGUUUAUUUCUGUCCGGCAGAGAAAUUAAGAAAAGCGCCAGAAACUAAACGCAAACAGCAGUAAUGAAUUGUGUUGAUCUUACAUGUACUUCCUGUGAAUUGAAAACUUUGCCUUUUUCUCUGUGUGUUAAGUCUUGUGACUGAUUGCCAGUGCUGCAUGUUGGCAUUGUGACAAUCCGGUCGUAGGGUUUCGUGUCGUGCUUGGUUAUGGGCAUACGAGCGCUGUCGCAACCGCAAACGGCUACAGGUACCUUGCAAGAAGUCUUGAACGAAAAUGAAUUACAUGAUUUGGUCUAAUAGAUAUUCUUCUGUUUGUCAUUUGAAGAAAAAAAUCUCAAAUUCCUAUUUUUGAUAGUGAUGAAAUGUAAUUGCAAAGUGUGCCAUUUUAACAUCUCCCUACCAUAGUAUGCCUCUACAUUUUGGUUCUUGGGAGAAAAACUACAAGAAAAAAUCAAUAAAAUAUGCACAAAAAAUGAGACCAUUUUUAUGUAAUUUUAAUGUUUGCAGUUACCUCAUACACCGUACAUUCCAAAACAAAAAUUUGUUAUAGUAAACAUCCUACCAAACAUAUCACUUAAAAAUGUUCGUUAUCAGUUAGGAAAUGUGUAAUCAUAUAUAUGUAUCUAAAGGGUGUCUGUAUAAUUAUGAUAUCUACAUACGGAUACAUGCACAAUAAAAGAUUUAUAAUUCUUAA